ACGAGAGUUGUAUUUGAGUUCCAACCAAUUCAGCGGAAGCAUUCCAACAUUCUUGCUUUCGCUUCCACAUAUUGAACGGCUGAACCUCUCGAAAAAUUUCCUGGGAGGAGAGAUUCUGAGAAAUCGGUCUUUGAAUCUUUCACCUUCGCUUAAGAGUCUUCGGUUUUCCCAAAACAAUUUGAGUGGUAGAUUUUCCUUCACUUGGGUUGGAAAUCUCACAAAACUAGAAGAGAUAGACCUUUCAGGCAAUUCGAACCUAGUUGUUGACGUUAAUAUUUCCAGAUGGACAUCCCCAUUACAAUUGAAACAACUACUGCUCUCUGGCUGUGACCUUGACAAGAACAUUAUUGCAGAACCACAUUUUUUACACACACAGCAUCAUUUAGAGGUGCUUGAUUUGUCCAACAACAACUUGUCAGGCAGCAUGCCAAAUUGGUUGUUUACAAAGGAAGCAAGACUACAGGAUCUAAAUCUUGGGAAUAACUCGCUAACUGGAUCUCUGGACCCAAUAUGGCAUAGCCAAUCUUCACUCAGUGUUAUCAACAUACACAUGAACCAUAUCACAGGACAGCUGCCGGCCAACCUCAGCUCAAUGUUUCCAGGCUUGUUUGUUCUAGAUUUUUCUAGUAACGACUUACUUGGGCACAUACCAACGUCAUUGUGCGAGAUCAGCAGCAUGCUUGUUUUAGACCUAUCAAACAACAAACUUUCUGGGGAAGUUCCAUCUUGUGUUUUUACUAAUUAUCCCAUGCUAAUGACCUUGAAGGUCUCAAACAACAAGCUUGGUGGUCUGCUUUUUAGUGGAAUGAGUAAUUUGUCCAGUAUACGUGAAUUGUGUUUGGAUGGUAACAAAUUUAAAGGGACAUUGCCUCAUGAUCUGGCAGGAGAGAAUCUAAGGGUCAUUGAUUUGCAUGAUAACGAGCUGUCUGGCAAACUCGAUACAGCAUUUUGGAAUAUGUCAUGUUUGAAAGGCCUGAAUCUUGCUGGCAACCGUAUAACCGGCAAAAUUGAUCAACACAUUUGCGGCUUCACGGAAAUACGCCUUUUAGAUCUGUCGCGCAACAACCUUACAGGGUCUGUACCAAACAGUUGCUUCAUAGUGCUAAAUUUUCUUAACCUUACUGGGAACUUCUUAUCUAGCGAUAUCUCUUUUGCUCUUUUCAACACAUCAAGUCUAAUUGCUUUGGACAUCAGGCACAAUCAUUUCAUGGGCAACCUCAAUUGGGUAGGUUACCUUGAAAACAUUAGGCUACUUUCGCUGGGCGGAAAUAAGUUUGAAGGGCAGAUCACUCCAAACCUGUGCAGACUCAUGUACAUGAGGAUAAUUGAUUUGUCCCAUAACAAGCUUUCAGGUUCUCUGCCAGCAUGUAUCGGUAACAUAUCUUUCAAAGGUGACACAGAUGACCAAAUUCUUCAUUCAAUUGAUGGGAUUGCUAGUCCAUCCUAUGACACAUUCUAUGUCUUAAAAGACUUCACCUUUGCUACCAAAGGGAAUCUCUAUACAUACGGUCGUAGUUUCUUCAUUUCAAUGGCUGGCAUUGACCUGUCUGCAAACAUGUUGGAUGGAGAAAUUCCUUGGGAGCUAGGAAACCUGAGGCAUAUCAAAUCCCUUAAUUUGUCCAGCAAUUUCUUUGUUGGUCCGAUCCCAACAACCUUGGGCGGCAUGGGGGAGAUAGAAAGCUUGGACCUCUCCCACAAUGAGCUGAGUGGACCAAUACCUUGGCAGUUAACCCAGCUAUCUUCUUUGGGGGUGUUCUCUGUGGCAUACAACAACUUGUCAGGAUGCAUACCAAACUCUGGUCAGCUCAGCUCAUUCAACAUGGACAGCUACCUAGCCAACAUCAACCUUCACAAUAUUACUCAUGGGAAUACUUGUGCUGCUCCCAGUCCAGAUCCUGCUGCGGGGAAAGAUGUAGAAGAGAUGCGCAGUGACCCAGUUCUAUACGUGGUCACAGCUGUCGGCUUUGUUUUUGCAUUUUGGGCUACUAUUGGGUUCUCAUUUUGCCAUCCUUAUGGAAGAUCUGUAAUGCUUAAGCUGUAGUGCUUGAGCAAUUACACAUUGCAAGUUAUGUAACUGAACCGUACUUCAGUUGUGUACCACUUGAGCAUUACAUGUUAUAAAUGUAUACUUUGAAUGUAAGAUCGACGGAGCUUCCUUGAAUUUCUUUCUUGCUCUGUAAUGUAAACUACAUUGUAACAGAUUGUGCUAUUUAUUAAAGAGAACGCAUCAGACCCUUUACAUCUGCAGCAAUAAUAGAGGUUCAUGCAGUCAUCCUAGUAAAGUGGCUGCUAAUUCCUUCUCUUGCUUGUUCUUGACGACCCUUUCAAGAAUCUGAUUCUAUGGCCAGUGGCACCAGCAUACCUCCUUCAGA